GCGCGCGCUUGAGGGGCUGGGAAGGGGCCGCGCGCGCCCACCCAGCGUGAGGACAGAGCCGAGAGCGGCGUCGGGACCCAGCGGGACGGUGAGGCUGCGGCCAAUCAACUGCGAGGGGUGAGCGGGGCCGGCCAAUCGGCGCGAGGAGCCUCGCCAGCCGGCCAAUCAGCGGCAGCGUGCGGGAUCCUCCCACUAGCCCGGGAGUCGAGGCGCCCCGCGCCGGAGCCGCAGCCAAUCAGCGCCCAGGACUCGCGCGCCGCGUCAGGGAGGGGACACGGGGAUGUCCUACAAGCCCAUCGCGCCCGCCCCCGCCAGCUCCGGAGCAGCCGGCACCAGCAGCAGCGCCAGCCCCGCCCCCGGGGCCCCGCCCGCCGCCACGAGUGUCCCAUCGCCAUCCGGAUCUGUCCCUGGAGCCUCUGCCCCCUUUCGGCCCCUCUUCAACGACUUUGGCCCCCCGUCCAUGGGCUACGUGCAGGCCAUGAAGCCACCAGGUUCCCAGGGCUCCCAGAGCACGUACACUGACCUACUCUCAGUCAUUGAGGAGAUGGGCAAAGAGAUUCGACCCACCUAUGCAGGUAGCAAGAGUGCCAUGGAGCGGCUGAAACGAGGCAUUAUCCACGCCCGGGCGCUGGUGAGAGAGUGUCUGGCAGAGACAGAGCGCAAUGCCCGUACGUAACAGCUGCUGCCCUGCCCCAUGGACCUUCCCACCAAUGAGCAUCUGAGAACCUGGAGAUCUGCCCUCCCACGGACCUUCCCACCCAAGACCCGGCUCUGCCGUACCCCACACAGACCUUUCAGCAUUCAGCAGCUGAGGAUCUGGAGCAGGUCCUGCUGGAGUGCAGCUGUUGCCGGCAGUCAGCGCUGGGGAAGCUGGCGCUUGGGCCAUGCUGCAGGGAUCUCCAGGGAGAGGAGCCAGUGGCUUUUCUCACAUCUUUAUAACGUGUUUGUUUUUAUAACUCAAUAAAAGAAAGCGUUGGGAUUCUGA